ACAAUCCAACAGACCAGAAAGGGAGGAUAAAUUCCCCUGCUAUCCCUCAGUCACUUUUAAUCUGGACACAGGAAAGAAAGUGAUAAAUGUGAAGGAAAUGCACCUAUGAAUGAGUCAGUUCAUCAGCUGAUUCCACCAUUCUGGAUUGAUGUGACUUGUUCAGGAACAACUGCAUGACUUGCAUCUAGGAAAGAGAUGGUGGGUCUGGCUGUCUCCUCAGCAGCUGUUUCUGCGAUGGAGCUCUUGGUGACGGAGUUGAAUGUGCUGUUGAAGCUGUUGGACCAUGAGACCCUGAGCUGUGCUACAGAAGAGAAGAAAACAGCCGUGAAGAACCUUCUCAGACAACUUCAGCCCUCAGUCACUGGAAAAGACUAUACAUACAUGAACACCUCAGUAUACAGAAAUGGAACCAGCUUUGUCGAAUCCCUUUUCGAUACAUUUGAUUGUGACCUCGGGGAGCUGAAAGUUGAAAUGGAGGAUCAGAAGAAAGGUCCAGAGACAAAACACACCAACCACACUGUCCCCAAACCAAGCACAGCGGACUCGCCUCCCCCACUGCCCAACACACCACCUCCAGAGGAUUAUUAUGAAGAGGCCGUGCCACUCAGCCCUGGAAAAAUGCCAGAAUAUAUCACCAGCCGCAGCAGCUCCAGUCCUCCUAAUUCUAUUGAAGACGGAUAUUACGAAGAUGCUGACAACAAUUACCCAACAACGCAAGUGAACGGACGACGCAAAAACUCCUAUAAUGACUCGGAUGCCUUAAGCAGUUCUUAUGAGUCAUAUGAUGAGGAAGAGGAAGAGAAAGGCCAGCGUUUGACGCACCAGUGGCCCUCAGAGGAGAACUCCAUGGCCCCGGUGAGAGACUGCCAUAUCUGUGCCUUCCUGCUGAGGAAGAAACGCUUUGGCCAGUGGGCCAAACAGCUCACUGUCAUCCGUGAGAACAGACUCCAGUGCUAUAAAAGCUCUAAAGACCAGUCACCCUACACGGACAUACCGCUCAGCCUGUGCACCGUCAUUUACGUGCCCAAAGACGGCCGGAGGAAGAAGCAUGAGCUCCGAUUCUCUCUUCCCGGUGGAGAGGCCCUGGUGUUAGCCGUGCAGAGCAAGGAGCAAGCCGAGAAAUGGCUCCAAGUGGUGCGUGACGUUAGGUCAGGGAAUGGGUUGGACAGCCCAUCAUCUCCCAUGAUUCCUAGGAAGAUUGAACUGGAUAAGUGCUGUUCUUCAGAGAAGCAAACCUCAGAUUCUGACAGUAUGCCAAGUGUUGAAAGUGCUCGUGAUGGACGGGAAAAUGGUAAAGCCAAGCGAGGUGCGCUGUCAGAGCUAACAGGCACCGUAAGCCGAGCCGCAGGAAGAAAGAUCACAAGAAUUAUCAGUUUCUCCAAAAGAAAGCCUCCACUGCCAGGAGAUGCCCGCACGUCACUCGACCAGGAUCCUCGGUGUGGUUAUGUAGGAGUGCUGUUGAAUCAGUGCUGGAAGGAACACUGGUGUCGUGUGCGGGCCGGAUCUCUUUACCUUUACCAUGAGAAAGGAGAACAGCGGGUCCCCCACACUACUGUGGCUCUGAAGGGAUGUGAGGUUGUCCCAGGCCUCGGGCCCAAACACCCCUUCGCCCUGAGGAUACUGAAAGGAGGUGCAGAGCUGGCAGCUUUAGAGGCGAGUUGCUCAGAGGACAUGGGCCGCUGGCUGGGAGUCCUGUUGGCAGAAACCGGUUCCUCUGCUGACCCUGAGUCCCUUCAUUAUGACUAUGUAGAUGUGGAAACUAUUGCCAACAUCCGUACAGCUGCCCGUCACUCUUUCCUAUGGGCAACCUCCACAGAUUCGAGAACGUAUGAUGAGGUCCCUUUUGAAGCCAUAGAGGAAAAUAAGAGGUUGAGGGGAGGAGCACAAACGAAACGUCGUUCAUCUUUCUCCAGCAGUGACACAGGAAAGCCCAGUCCACAAAUCACCCUAAAGCGCCACGGCUCCAACGCAAAUCAAUACGGGAGGUAUGGGAAAACGCGGGCACAAGAGGACGCACGCCGAUACUUGAAAGAAAAAGAAGACCUGGAGAAAGAAAUAGACGGUAUCAGAAGCACACUAGUCUCACUGAGGAAUAAGAAACGAGAGGCAAAAGAGAAGAUGAAGGGUGCAACGGAUAAGCAGAAGUUGGCUUUAGAGGAGCGUGUAUCCCAGCUGGAGGACAGCUGUCGGGUGAAAGAAGGAGCGCGUGUGGACCUAGAGCUCAAGCUCACGCAGGUGAAGGAGAACCUGAAGAAAUCUUUGGCUGGUGGAGAACUGGGGGCGCCUACAGAGUCUAAAUCUUCAAACAAGACUCAAAAGAUGGAGACUCAGUAUAUUGAGUCGUUUCUUCCUGUCAGCUGCGCAUCUGAAAUUCGUAAGCGGCCCCCCUCCAUCUAUGCAUCCACUAAGGGAAAUGUUAUGCAGAAAGCUAAGGAAUGGGAAUCCAAGAAGGGGACUUAAACUGCUGAUCAGGAAGACCUACAGACUUAAGACUUUGUGCCAUGUCAAGAUUAACAUGAGGACUUUUCUACCAACUUCCCCCAAGACAGACUGCUGCAUAUGCAAAUCUUUUGACUAUAACGGCUGCCACUUUUGUAACUUUAUAAUGGGGCUACAAUGACAAAGUAGCAGCUCUAUUAAUACUUUGCAGUCAAAUGAUGACGUCCUAUAUCUUGUGAAGUUCUACAAUACUGGUGCAAAAUAUUGAAGGAAUUAGGCAGUAUGAGGAAUAAUAGUUUGUCCACUGAAAGUGCAAGAAAGUUGUGGGUAGGUUAUAAAGGAUGAUGGCAACACGUUUGAGACAAUCCACUUUAAAAUCGUAUUUUAAGAGGGAUAUGGUGAUUGAUUUGUACAGUCUUUUUUUUUUUCACUCCAUUGCUUAUACGGUAUUUCUGGGGUAACUCCUGCGCUUAACCAAGUGGUGCUAAUAACAGUGUACAUAUGACAAUUGUAAGUAAUUUUAACAUUCCUUUUUUUAAAACUAGCCUCAAUGUUUAACUGAUCUUUCUGUUUGUAACUUUUUCUUUACCACCUUUUAAUGUGAGUAACAUUUGCACUUUAAAAUGUCUUUAGACAUGGAGAUGGGAAUAUUCUUUUAAUAAAGAAAAAAAACAAAAAAAAACAGGCAUUUUU